GAGGUGAAGGCCCCGCCCGACCCGAAGGAGAACGACCCGCCCGCGCCCCUCUUCGAGCUCACCGCGGUGCAGGCCAAGGACGCCCUGCCGGAGCUCGCGCGGCCUGCGCGCACGAAGCGCCUCGAGCUGGGCUUCAACAAGCGCAUCUCGCCCGCGGACUACGAGUACUCCAUCCGCCACAUCAAGGUCGACGACCCCAACCUCGACGUGCCCUACCUGCUCGGCGACGCGCUGGCAGUGCACUGGAAAAACGACGAGGCGCGCGUGCGCGAGUUCCUCGCCGCCUACGGCCUGGACGCCGACCAGUGCUUCACGGCCACGCCCCUGGAGGGCGCCAACGCCGGCGUGAAGGCCGAGCGCCUGAGCGGCCCCUUCAAGGUGGCCACCCUCUUCACGGAGCUCCUGGACAUCUUCGGGCGCCCGAGCAAGAACUUCCUCAAGGGCAUGGCCAAGGUGGCGCCGCCGGGCGUGGACAGGGAUCGCCUGGAGUUCCUCGUCUCCGACGCCGGCAAGGAUGCCUUCACGGAGGAGAUCUCUGGCGCGGCGCUCACCUUCGCAGAG